UUAAGAAUAAAAUGGCUACAUUUUGGGCUUUGGUGUUUGCUCUGUUGUUAGGCUUAGUUUUUGUGUGUAAGCUUUUUGGGAUCUCCAUUUUCAAAGAAAAGGCUGCUGCAGCCUUACCAAAUGGAACAAAGUUUUACUGGCCAUUGUUAGGAGAAACUCUUGCCUUUCUCCACCCUCAUAAAUCCACCUCUACAGGCAGAUUCCUUCAAGAACAUUGUUCUAGAUUUGGAAGUGUUUUCAAAUCCCAUCUCUUUUGUACCCCAACAAUAGUCUCUUGUGAUCUGGAGCUCAACACGUUCGUUCUUCAGAACGAGGAGAGGCUGUUCCAGAGCAGCUAUCCUAAACCGGUUCAUGACAUUCUUGGCAACUUAUCCAUGAUGCUCGUCUCAGGGGAGCUUCAUAAGAAGCUGAGAAGUGUUGCGCUUAGUUUCAUCAAUGCUUCCAAAUCCAGGCCUGAUUUUCUUCGUGUUGUUGAGAAAUUGUCUAUCUCCUUUAUUGAUUCUUGGAAAACCAAGAAUCAAGUGCAUUUCUUCAAGGAAGCAAAACAGUUAACUUUUUAUCUUAUGUUGAAAAAUCUGCUAAGUAUUGAGCCUGAGGAUCCGAUAGCUGCUAAAGUACUCCAAGACUUCCUCACAUUCAUGAAAGGCUUUGUCUCUCUGCCUCUACACAUUCCAGGGACUGCUUACUCAAAGGCCGUCACGGCAAGAAGAAGGAUAUCGUCCACUCUGAAAGAUAUAAUAAAGAAGCGGGAAAGUGCCAUGAGUGGAGCACAUGUAACAGGAGACUUUCUAGAUGAAGUAUUGGGAAAAGGCUGCUUAAAUGAUGAGGAAAAAGUGAGCAUUUUGCUGGACCUUUUGCUGGCUGGUUAUGAAACAACCUCUGGCCUUAUGGCCCUCAUCGUCUAUUUUCUUGCACACGCCCCGUCUGCCCUCCAAACACUUGAGAAUGAACACCAAGUCUUGAGGAAAAGAAAGAAGGAAGGAGAGCCUUUGAGUUGGGAAGACUACAAGAACAUGGAGUUUACUUCUCAUGUGAUUAGUGAAGCACUGCGUUGCGGAAAUCUAGUUAAGUUUGUGCACCGGAAAGCUCUCAAGGAUGUUAAGUUCAAAGAGUAUGUAAUUCCUGAGGGUUGGCAAGUGCUCCCAAUUUUCUCAGCUACACAUCUUGAUCCCUCCCUCCAUCAACAUCCCUCUGAUUUCAACCCUUGGAGAUGGGCCGACCCAGCAACAAGCAGAAAAGUGACCCCUUUUGGCGGAGGACUGCGGAUUUGUCCGGGGGCGGAACUUGGUAAACUGGAGAUUGCCUUUUUUCUACACCAUUUUGUCCUAAACAUAAGGUGGAAAACGGAAGUAGACGAGUGCCCAAUGUCAUGCCCUUACUUGGAGUUCAAGAGAGAUUUGGUGCUAGAGAUUGAGCAAAUACACAACUAGACACAACACACACACACACCCAAAUCAAUGUAUAAGCUUCAAAUUGAUUGGGGCAUAGCUGGAUUUGGAGUUGUUAGUAGGUUCAUUAUUAUCAGGAAAAUCAUAAAUUCCUAGCCCACAUUUUUGGAGUAGCUCAGCGAUAUUUGUAUAUUCCCAUCUUUGCAGUGGUGAAAUAUAAUGUGCUUGCUACUUGCUACUUGCUACUUGCUACCUACCCCUUCCCUAUUUUUCAGAUGUUU